UGCAGGAAAGUUCAAAACACAGUAAAUUUUAUUUACAGUAUUCUUUAUUCAAUAACUUGCAACUAUUUACACCCGAUGUUUACAAAUAACGUUUCUCUUUCUUCUUCUUCUUUUAUUGUCUGCUAGAGAUGUUGGUUCAUAAAACAUAACCUCCUUAGCAUCCCCCUGGUCUAGAGGAGAGAAACGUCAAACUCAAAUGAACCACGUCAGAUGUCAGCUAUAGCCAGCUGUACGAAACAAAACGCCAGCAUAUAUUGACAAGCAGGUUAAACUUAUACGUUAUCAGCGGAAGGAUGUCGCAUCGCAACCGAAUUAACCCCAAGGGUAACAAGCAAAGUGACAAUCCAUGGCACCGAAGCGGUCCCGACGAUGCCUUCUACAAUGUCUCUCGGCAGCAGCGACCAACAAAGUCAUCCGGAGCCGGUUCGAAGGCCACCAAUCCACCGCCAGCCGCAGCGAAAAAAACACCGACAGCAGAUGAAAAUUUCCUCAAACACUCGGAGGAAAAAUUCAAUCAAGCCCAUCGAAAGCAUGUAGAAUCGGCCAAAAAGUAUACCCAGCAUUACGAAUCUAGCGAGGAAGAAGACGAAGGGGACAGCAACAAUCAGGAUAUAUUGGUAACUGUCUUUAAAAAUUAUUCAGCGUCCAACGGUGAUAUUGGCAAGACGCAAGAGUAUCUGCAGAAUUUGCUAGAAUCCCGUUCGGCAGUUUGUCUAAUCUGUAUUGGAACGGUCAAACGAGCGGACGCGAUUUGGUCGUGCAAGACCUGCUAUACCUUCUUCCAUCUGCUAUGCAUCCAACGAUGGGCAAACGAUAGUAUAUCACAAAAACGCAUCAGCCACGAGCUGCAGGAAGGAUACUACAACAACCGGGGUGAGUACGUCCCAAAGCCGACCCUUUCCGUGCACUGGGAUUGCCCGAAAUGUCGGAAGGAAUACGAGCCAGUUGAUAUUCCACGACACUACGAGUGUUUCUGUGGCCACGAACAAAAUCCACAGAAUCAUGUUUGGCUGAUUCCGCAUUCAUGCGGGGAAACUUGCCGAAAAAAGCUUGUCCCCGACUGUGGUCACCGCUGUGUUCUACUUUGCCACCCAGGGCCAUGUCCGCCUUGCCCCCAGACCAUUUCGGUAGCCUGCAAGUGCGGUCAGUCAGCAGCAAAAACGAUCCGCUGCUCGCAGCGCAGCUGGACGUGCUUGAAAACGUGUAAGCUUAAACGCAACUGCGGCAUUCACGAGUGUGGUGAGAUGUGCCACGCGGCGGACGAGUGUCCUCCAUGCAAAAGCAGAAGCCGUCAGAAGUGCCUCUGUGGAAACAAAGUCAAGGAAGUCAACUGUUCCGAAGCACAGUGGCAGUGCGGUAAAGUAUGUGGUAAACAAUACGAUUGUGGCUUGCACCGUUGCGAGAAAGUAUGCCACGAUGGGGGUUGCGGAGAAUGUCCGCAGGGUCUGCCACGGACAUGCCCAUGUGGAAAGACUAGCUCGGUUGCAUCAUGCUCAGAGGACAUCGGAACAUGCGGUGAUACAUGUCAAAAGUUUUUAGACUGCCAAAUCCAUCGGUGCAGUGAACGCUGCCACCAAGGAAACUGUGGUCAGUGCGUCGAGCUCAUUAGAAAAUCCUGCCGAUGCGGAAAUACGAGUAAAGAAGUGGCCUGUUACAAACAACUGAACUGCGAAACAAAAUGCAAAAACAUUAAAAGUUGCAAUAAACAUCCGUGUAAUCGCAAAUGUUGCGAUGGAGACUGCCUACCCUGUGAUAAACUUUGUGGUAAAACAUUACCCUGUGGAAAGCAUAAGUGCAGCUCACUUUGUCAUCAUGGUCCAUGUUAUCCGUGCAACCAAAAGGCAACAGUUAAAUGCCGAUGCGGUGGAACCACAGUAGAAGUUCCCUGUGGUCGUGAGAAAAAGGUGGGUUCACCAAAAUGCCGCCUACCGUGCCGCAUACACUCCAAGUGUCAUCACUCGAACCCUCACAAUUGUCAUCAAGGGGACUGUCCGCCGUGUCAACAGAUUUGUGGACUGGUAAACGACACGACUAAUUGUGAGCAUCCCUGUGCGGCCAAGUGUCACGAUGCCGUACGGGUUGUGACGAAGGAUAAAAAUUUUAAGCCCGUAGGACCGUGGGAUGUUCCAAUGGAAAUAGUGGAGAUCAAGCAGCUCCCUCAUCCGCCGUGUGAAGUUAAAGUAUCGGUCACCUGCAUCGGUGGACACGAGGCCGCUUUGUGGCCGUGCUACAAUUCAAAACCAACUUCAUGUGGUCGCCCUUGCGGAAGGGCACUGCGCUGUGGUGUACACACAUGUCAGUUACAGUGCCACGCAGUGAAACGAAUCAACUCUACGGAACAGGAUCCAAGGUGCCAGUCUUGUGACGCAGAUUGUCUAAUUCCACGUCCAGCUGGAUGUGUUCAUCCCUGCAAAAGACCUUGUCACCCGGCACCAUGCAAUCCAUGCCAAGUACCAACCAAGACUAGUUGCCACUGCGGGUUGACACAGAUUUUCUAUAAAUGUCACGAGUUCAAUGCUAACGAUAAAACCGAGGCGGAGCUGAAACUGUUCCGAGAAAGUAUACUCAGUUGCGGACAAAAGUGUAUGAAGAAUUUUCCCUGUGGUCAUCGCUGCAACUCGACCUGUCACUCGGGGGAAUGUCCCAAUCCAGAACAGUGCAGUAAAAAGGUGAAAAUUUCCUGCGACUGUCGCAACCGGAAAGUGGACGUCAAUUGUAACGUUGCUCGCAGCAAAAGCAAAACUUUGGAGUGCGACGAGAGUUGUGCCCAAUUAAAGGAAAUCAAAAAUCGAGAACUGGCGGAACUGGAGCUACACCGUAAGCAACAACAGGAGGCGGAAAAUCAGCGCGCCCUAGAGGAGUAUGAGAAAAAGUUUGGUCGCAAAAAAUAUCGCGAAAGGAAACGUGUUCAGGUGGAAGAUUCCAAAGACAGCCACUUACUGCUGUACGUCUUGUCAGCCGCUGGGUGUAUUAUCGUCGCGGUUGUUGGUUAUUUCUUUUUCACUAGUAACUAAAUGCAGAAUCAUUUUCGAUAUCAACGUAGAUACUCUCGUUUUUCAUCCUUAUAGCUGCUUUUUUCUUUCCUUCGUACUACGAUCCUUUUUUUCCUUACGAACAAGAUCAUAAACAUCGAAUCGCACAUCGUAAUCUAAAUGUAUUGUUCGGAAGACCAUUAACGCAAUAAACGAAAUCAGUAAUGCUAUUAGUACGUA